UUGUAUUUCAAGUUUUCAUUGUCAGGUUUUUAAAAUGAAAUUGAAAGAAUUAGAGAGCUGGUUAUCCCAAUGUGAAGGGUUUACCAAUCCUAAAGUAGCUUUGGAACAGUAUGCCACUUCUGCACAUAUAGCGUCGAGAAUGCUGUAUUCAGCCCAAGAAAAUAUUGACGGAGGAAUUGUAUGUGAUCUGGGAAGUGGGUGUGGCAUUCUCUCUGUGGGAUCCGUAAUGCUGGGGGCUGAUCUGGUAUACGGAUUCGAAGUUGAUGAUGACGCUAUCGAUAUUGCCUUGUCAAAUAUUGGUGAAAUUCUCAACGACGAUGACGACGAGUCUCCAUCCAUUCAACUAAUUCAGUGUCAGAUAGGGACGGAUUUUAGCCAAGGUUGUCCUGUCGAUGUGUUGACCAAUUUUGAAAAUUUCUUUGACGUUGUUGUAAUGAAUCCCCCAUUUGGAACCAAGAAUAACGCUGGAGCAGAUUUCGGAUUUUUACGACGAGCUGUACAUAUCGUUAAACCAGGAGGGCACAUCUACUCCUUGCAUAAAACCAGCACUCGGCCAUUCUUUGAAAAAAAGCUAAAAAAUUCUGAAGCAGAACUAGACUUUCCUGUUAAAGGAGAAGUAUUAGCAGGGAUUCGGUACGAUUUACCAAAAUGCUAUAAAUUCCAUAAAGAGAAGAGUGUAGAUAUAGAAGUAGACUUUUGGCAUUUUGUUAAGAAUUCGCAAUCAUCCCCAUCAACUCCUCUCUCAUGACAAGAUGUAUCAGAAUCAUGAUGAAAUGACAUCAUCACCAUCGUCUCUACUGAAAUUGAAAUUAAUUGGUCAUACAUAUACAGUGAAUAUUGACAAUGAUUACAUUCUUAUAGUGUUAAAAAUAUUAUAAUUCACGAUCUGGUCAAUCAUAUCUGGAAUCAAGGUCUUUAUAUAUGUUCCAUACAUAUGACCUUUUAACAUUGACAUUUACACUUUGCUGACAUUUCUUGUCAGAUUGAGUUCGUUAACUUUUCUACUGCGUUGAUGGAGAUGAU